AUGGCCGAAAUCGCAGCCUCACAAGCGCUGAUAGCGCAAAGGCGCCUCAAGUUCCGCUUCAUGAUGCACGAUGCCUGGGAGAAUGCUCUCUUCGUGCACUGGCCCGUGCCGCCCGAAGUCGUGGCGAAUUUGCUGCCGAGGGGCCUGGAACCCGAUGUUCUGGAAGGCUCUGCUUGGGUGGGUCUGGUGCUCCUCACGGAGCGUGGCGUCUCUGCCGCGCACCCCUUGGGCCGCGCAAUUGUGCGCCCCAUCGACCACCUCGGUGCCAAUGUUAGAACAUAUGUGCGCCACAACGGCGUGCCUGGCAUUUUCUUCUGGUCACUGGAGUGCUCCAGCGUGCUAGCAUCUUUGGGCGCCCGACUCGCGGGGAUCCCUUACUACCCCGCCAGCAUGGAACGGGAAGUGGACCAGGAGCCCUUCGCCAAAAGCUCCGAGGAGGAGUCUAAGCCGCUGGCUGCCGAAGGGUUCGCCUUCAAGUUCUCUUCCACGCGGUCCGGGCUGUUCCAUCGGCCCUCCGUUUCUGCCCAGUGGCAUCUGCUGCCCGAGUCCUCAGACGAGAAGUUUUCACAGCGGGCCACCUGGUUUGUGGAGAGGUAUUCAGUCUACGCGGCUUGGCCCCUGGGCCAAGGGCCUCUGCUGCUUCGGGGAGAUGUUGAGCAUCCCCAGUGGCCAGUCCAGCCGGCGGCCUUGGACCACUUGACGGCCGGCCCCCUCUUGGAGGCAGCUGGCUUGGAGCAGCUGGCUGCGCAACAUAGCGCGGGCGAGGUGAAGCCGCAUGUGUGCUUUUCACGUGGUGUCGGUCCCGUGAACUUCUGGAUGCUCGCGGGAGUAACUUUUCACCGGUCCCAAUGCGACCAGCACGACUUUUCAGGUCGAAUCGUGGCUUGGUCUCCGUCCCUGUGGGUUGGUGCUGAGUUCGUCCUUCAAGGAAAGAAAGAUGCUGGCGGGUCAGCCGGAAUACGCCUGCUGGGCUUUGGGGACACACUGGCAGGCAUGGGCGAGAAGAAGUCGGCCUUGUCUCCCAGCUGCCAGCUGAGCCUGCGGGUCACGGUCUCAAAGUAUGUGGAGAACGGCGACGUCGUGGGCAUUUGUGUCAGUGGUGGGCUGGACUCGAAGACCGUGGCGCUGAGGCUCCGCCUGGCAGGUGUGAAGGUCAAAUGCUUCACUGCUGACAUCGGCCAGCCAGAUGAGGAGGACGUGAACGAUGUGGUGAAGAAGAUGGCUCCCUGUGGGGUGGAGACGAUUGUCGUCGACCUGAAGGACGAGAUCGCGGAAGGUGCCUUCGAGGCGGUCGCUGCCCAGGCCAUGUACGAUGGAGGAUACUGGCAGUCGACCGGCAUCGGCCGCUACGUCACUGCGAGGGGCCUGCUGGCAGAGAUGAAGAAACAUGGCUGCACAGUCCUCUCCCACGGGGCGACGGGCCGUGGCAACGACCAGGUGCGCUUCGAGCGAUACGUGAACGUCAUCGAUCCCUCCUUCAAAGUCUAUGCUCCCUGGCGAGAUCCCGUGCUGUUGGAGGCGUCCUUCCUGCUUCGAUUUCCUACGGAGUUCCCAGGGCGCUCGCAGAUGCUGACAUUUCUUCAGAAGCAUGGCAUCGACCACAAGAUCGUCUCGCAGGCCUCGAAGCGCUACUCCACGGAUGCGAAUAUCUGCGGACUGAGCAACGAGGCAGAGGACCUGGAGUCCAUGCAGACCCCCAUCACCAUCGUGAACCCGGUCAUGGGCGUCUGGCCCAAGGAUGCUCCAGACAAGCAGGAGGAGAUCACCCUGAAGUUUGAGAAGGGAAGGUGCACCCAGAUCAACGGAAAAGCAGUGACCCCACUCCAGGCUGUCCAGCAGGCGAACACCAUCGCCGGGCGCAACGGCAUUGGCUUGUGCCAAGCCCUUGAGAACCGAAUUUUGGGCACCAAGUCCAGAGGUGUGUACGAAGCUCCGGGCAUGGCGCUGCUCGGCCAUGCGGUGACCUGCGUGUACAUGGCAGUGCUCGACAGGAGGUCUACUCUUCUCUUCCGGCAGCUUAGCGCACACAUCUCCGAUCAGAUCUACGACGGCCGCUACUUCGAUCCCUCCACACGCACUGCCAUCAACGCGGUGUGGCAGCUGGCAGAGCCUGCCUGUGGAACAGUCAAGCUCGGGCUGCACAAGGGCCACAUGAACUUCCUGGCCUUGACGGACUGCGCGCAGAGCAUCUACUUCGAGGAGGACUCCUCCAUGGAGGCUUCUGCAGGCCUGAACCCGGCCAGCUCCCAGGGCUACCUCGAAGUCUCCUCCGUGGAGGCGAAGGCCAUGGCUAAGGCGGGUCUCAUCGACACGGGCAGUGUCUGGGCCAAGCGACAGAAGAAGUGA